GUCCAGCAAAAUCAGUCACACGAUUUCCUUUUACUGACCCUGAACCACACUGGAGAUAGUAGACUCACUCCACUACUCUUCCAGAGACCCAUUGGAUUUCCAGUACCCACUAGAAAACAAGUGUCAUCAGUGAGAAUGAUGGAAGAUGGUAUUUACAGAUACCGUAGCUGCCGCCAAGGCUCGCAGGAGGCAGCAGAGGCAAAACGUCAGCGGCUGGCCAAUGAGGCGGCAGCCCAAGCUCAGCAGACUGCUGAGGCUGACGCAGCGGCACGAGACCAACGGAAUGCCGCCAGUACGGAGUCCCUGAUUCAUAGUGAAAGUCAGUGGACAACGUUCCUCCAAGGCAUGAUCUUUGUGCCUUCGGACGCGCAGGCAGAUCCGACACCGGCGGAGGCAGAGAGGACUCACCUGGCUAACUUGAUGCUGGGCAUGAUGAGAGGCAUCAUGUGGAAUAACACACUGCUGCAAGCACAUCUUCGCACGGAACGACAGCAGCGACAAAAGCACCAGCAAGACAUUGUUGUUUUAACAACUGCCAUCCGCGCCGAAGCAACGCAGCAACAGCAACAGCAUCAGCUGUUGAACUCCGCUCUUGCACGCAUCAACAGCAUUGAGGCUAACGCCUCAGCAGCGCCAGGCUGCACGACAGACGCGACGAAGCAACUCAAUGAGCGCAUCGAUCAUGUCGUCACCAUCAUCGGCGACAUAGGUGUUUUCAAUGGGCCGGACACGAUCAGUAGCACGGUGGCCGCCAUCAAGACGGACAUCACCAAGCUGCAGACGAGACCGGACGCCGCAACAAAGACUUACAAGAUGCCGCACUUCGACAUCAGCAAGUUCGACGACUACAACAAGUCGGACGCCUUGACAUGGUGGCAAUGUUUCCUCACGGAAGCAUCAUGCCGCACUGUCCCGACAGACGACAUGAUGAAGGCACUCUACUUGCAACUAAUUGGAGGAGCGCAGGCUUGGAUGAACCAUCUGGCGGCUACCAACAAAUGCGCCAUCGCCGACCUCCACACGCACAUCACGUGGAAUGAGUUCGAGAAGCUAUGGUUCACCCGGUUCAUGGUCCACAACGCCGUGAAGGCGGCCAUGAACGAGGUGUACACCUGCUCUCAAGGAAAUAUGCCAACUCGAGACUGGACAACCAAGUGGCAGAAGAUAGUGACCACACCAGGAUUCGAUUUGAGUUUUCCAAAUCAAGGAUCCGAGUUCUUCUUGCGAUCGUGCGCGGGACUGCGGUCGGCACUCGGCAACGAGUACGACUAUGACACGUUCCAGGCCAUUCUGGAUCGUGCGAACUUAGUCAUCCAAACGGAUGACAAGGCCGCAAACGAACGGCAGUCCCAGCCGCAUUACGUGGCUAAGCAGGGCUAUCAACAGGCGGUGAGAACCUACUCAAGCAAGACACUUGAGGGGAACUGGUUUGAAGAACGUCAACAAGAGGUGUUCAAGGUUGGCAGCCGUUGGAAGAAGAAACAUGCCGAAGGAACAGUGUGCCGCUGCCGCAGGAUCGCGGAUGGCUAUCCGAUGCUUUAUCGGUUGGAGAGCGGGUACAAUGAGACCUUUGUUCCGCGCACCAUGGCUCACAUCACUCGCAUCAAACUGCCUAAGACGCGCCGAACAUUGCCGUAUAACCCCCCGGCACCUGGCACAGAAUUUGAAACAACAGCGCAGUCAUAUAACAAGAUUGUGGCUGCUGUAGUGAAGCGAAGGGCGGCAGCGAUAACAGCUCGAGGACGAGGAGGAGGGCGAGGAGGACGAGGAGCAGGACGAGGAGGAGGACGAGGACGAGGAGGAGGAGGACGAAGAGGAGGAGGGCAAGGAGGAGGACAGGGGCACGCAAAAGACGAGGAAGGUGUAAAAGAAUGUUUCAACAACAAUUAUGUUGACUACAACAAGAAGUCACUGAUCACCUUUGACAACUUCGAUCAACAGGUUUGGCUUCCGAGAGAUCGGGACCGAACGGGACAGAAUUACCUAAAAAAGGGGCCCCACAAGAAAGAGCAGUACGAGGCCGUCCUUCCUUCACAUCCCAAACUUCAUUACGACCCCUUUGAGACAACGAACAGGUACAUGUUUGAGACCCUACCUGAGCUGGCUAGGCGAAAGCCCCCCCUUCCAGAACAAUGCGAUGAUAUGCGAUUUAAGGUGGGGUACUUGGCAGCUUGUAACCCUAAUGUGCCGCACUCUAAGCCCUUUCAUUCAUCUGAUCAUACAUUUUUCAGGUACCAACGCUUUGGGGGCGAGUUCCGUGAUAAGAAUUUGGAAGCAAUUGGGUUCUUAAAAUGGCCCCAAUAUAACUGUGCAAGAUAGCUGGCUGGCCAGCGGCAUGCCGACACCCAACCAUUGGCCAGGUUUUGUGGCAAACAUGUUCUC